AUGUUUAUCAGAAUUAUUCUUGCAUCACCAUUUGUUGAAGAGAGUACCCGGCUAAGUCAAUCACAAAUGAACCUGAUGAAUCGUUCGAAUCUCAGAGUUUAUACUGCAAAGGCAAUUCAAUAUGUGAUGAGGGAGACUGAUAUAAGUAAGAUGGCAGUAUUAGCAGACAAUUACAACCUAAGUUCAAUGGAUUGGGAACACAAAGGAAAUGCAAGAAUCCUAGUUCGAAAUGAUGGUAUUAAACGUUAUCUGGUGAAGAUGAAAUUUGAAAUUGCCAUGGGAAUACAGUGUGAAUCAGUGAAUGAAAUAGAGAAGUUUAAGCAGCUAAAACACGAGAACAUUGCCAAAGUUUACACAUCAGUUACAGCAAGAAAUAAGAUACGUCUGUUUGGAACACAACGACCUGUUGAUGUGGUUAACUGCGUGAUGGUAAUGGAAUAUUUGGAUGUAGACACUGAAGAAAUACAAGGAAAUGUCAAAAUGAUCAGAAAAAUGCUAAAAGAUGUUUUAUGUGCAUUGGAGUAUAUGCACAGGUUUAAGACAGCAAACUUAGACAUCAGACCGAUGAACAUUAAAGGAAUCAGAAAAGGCAAUGAAAUAACCUGGAAAUUGUUUGAUAUGGAAUCAGCAGUGUAUUUGUACCGAGAUGGAUUGAUGAAGUCAAUGUAUGUUUAUGCACCAAUGUAUACUGAUGUACUAAACAAAUAUGACGUAUCAUUUGCAGCUGACAUAUUUCAGGUUGGAAUGACUGCUUGGUCAUUAAUGAUGACAGAUAAUGAGAGACAAGCAAGACUAGCUGAAAGUAUUCAGGAAAAAUUUACAGGAUUUGAAAUGGACUUCAAUGCGUCAAUUCCUGAGAAAAUGAGAUCUUUCAUAAAGGAAGCUACAAACAAAGAUCCGAAAAAGAGACCAACAGCAGAAGAAUUACUAUCACACCCAUUCCUUACAGAAGAUGAUUAA